AUGCCCAAUCCCUUGCAAAAGCAUGACAUGUUCUCAGCAACAAGGCGUGCCCAUCUUGAAGAACUGGAGAGGAGAGAGAGCCAUGAGGAAUGGGAGGGAUUCGUGAAGGGUUGGCACAAGCUCGAACAGCUGGAAACCGAGUGGGGAAGGGUGCGUUCAACCUUCGUGGACGACACGCUGACCUUGAACGUGGGUGGUUCGAACGUCGAUGUCAGUCGGGCGGAUCUACACAGACUGCCGGCACUGUCUGAGGUGUGGAAGCUGGCCAAUCUGUUUGACAGCGACUGGGACGAGCGGCUUCCUCGAGAUGCGAAUGGUCUCAUGGUGCUCGACGAGUCCCCCGUGUGCUUCAAGCACCUCGUCGACGCACUGGGGGGUGCCCUGCCUACUGACGAGCAGGCCUACCUCCCCUACGUCUCCAAUGCUCUGGGGGUACCUAGUCCUACUCGAGUGCCGAGACGGCGAGUGGACAGCGAGGGAAGCGUGAUGCUGGGCGUGGGGGACCUGCUGUACCGUGCAUCCCGCGAUGGCUGGGAUACCAAGCAUUUCCACACCCGGUGCGGAGAUGACAGCCCGAUGACUGUCACGCUGUACCGGUUAAAUGACGCCAGCAAUCGUAAGGGUUUGGGCUGCAGUGUGCUUGGGUGCUUCUCAAGUGUCCCCGGGACUCCCCCUCGUGACGGAUCUACGGAGCGCAAAUCCUCGCCCGGGGGAUUUGUGUUCAUCCUUACUGAUGGCUCGCGCUCUUUCGGUCCGACAAAGUUGGAACUAGACCCGCGCAAUGCUAGGAGAGGAUGUGGUGUGGUGGUUCUUGGUGAAGACCGCAUGCCGUCCUUCCAUGAUGACUUGGGGAUAUUGCACGAAGAAGAACGCCAUCGAAGUCGUACUUCCAGCACAAACGCCAAGUAUCGCCUUUGGACUGACAGCGACGCGUUCUACGUGCCCGAGGGAUGCUCAUUCCUCGAAUACGAUGGGAUCGAUAUGGCGGAAACUAAGGGUUAUCGCGUGUGGUCGGCGGAGGUGGAGCGUGGCGACGACGUUCAUCGGUUCGCUCAAAGCAAGCUUGUUGAGGCCACUGAGAAGGGUGAAGCAUCCGCAAGCGCCUUGGGCGCCGUGUACGGGCCAGGUGUGGCAUUGAACAACAGAGAUCCUGUGGUGGACUUCAGUGUGUGUGGGUCGAGGACAACCACCAGGAUCACCACCCUGCACUCUACCCUGCAGCUCUGCCCAUACCUUGUCGCUCGACUGGACCAGUCGAAAUGGACCGAGAACAAGGAUAAGCACGGGCGGUGGUUAAUCAAAGAUUGCAGCCCAGCUGUAUUCUCCAAGGUGCUCGACGUACUGCGAAUGAAGAAACGUGCAGAGUGGAUUGGCGGGGAAGCUAAGGCACGCGUUGCCGUCCAGGCCACCGAUCGCGAGGCGAUCGAGUAG